CCCGCGCCACGCGCCGGGCCCGCGCGCGAGGCCAUGGCGCCCCCCGCGGCGAAGGCCGCCGCGGCGCAGGACGCGGCGCCAGAGGCCGAGGCGGCGGCGCCCGGGGACAUGCCCGCGCCGCCGCCCCCCCUGGAGAGCGAGGCGUUCCCCGGGGAGGGCCAGCUCACGGAGGACGAGCGCAGCCGGUGGCUGGUGCUGCACUUCGCGCUGCCGCGGACGAUCAUGACCUGCGACCUGGCCGCGCACAGGAGCACCGAGUCCGAGCUGAACGACGUGCUCUCGCAGAUGGCCUGGGGUACCGUGGACCCUGGGAGCUCGGAGUGGGUCCUCGAGUCCGAGGAGCCGACGCUGGACGCUCCCCACUCCUCGCUGAUCUCUUACAAGGAGUUUUGCGAGAGGGCGUACCCUGCAGACGAUGAGAUGGAAGAGGAGGCUCGCCAGGAGAACCUGCUGAUGGCGGCAGAAAAGCGCGCUGCCUUUACCAGUGCAGGGGAACCUGGGUUCAAGUUCCGCCCCAUGCUCGAGCAGAUGGUGAAGUGCCUCGAGUUUCAGAGCAAGGCCCUGAAAAAGGCAUACGAUAUCAAGAAGCCGAUCCUGAACGAGGACGACGUGCCCGCGGACCCGUCCAGGACGGAGGCACAUAAUAUCCUGCGCUACGGCAGAACUUAUGUUGACGCGGUUUUUUGUUCCUCGAACCUCACGAAGAGCAACCGCCGCUUCUCCGUGGUGCUGCGGGCCUCCAGCGAAGAGCAGCUGGCCCCCGUGCAGCAGGAGCUGGCCGCCUUCUGCCAGAUGCAGCACCCCUGCUACGACGGCAAGAACAAGACGCAGAAGCCUCCGCCCAUGAACGGCGAGAAGGGCUCGCGGGACAUGAGACUUCAUGAUGCCGCGGUGGGCUCCAUUCAGUCCGGGAAGCUGGUGUUCGACAGGCGGCCCGGGAGGGUGGCCGAGGACGGCACGGAGACGGAGCCCGAGCCAGCCGUCUACAGCUUCCCGCCCUUCCACGACUGCUACGCAGGCCUCAUGAACCAGAUCCUCGGCCCCGGCGGGGCGAACACGGCCGCGAUCGUGGAGCCGAACGCCGAGGCGGGCAAGCUGCUCCUCGUGGAUCACGAGGGGGGCUUCGCGGAGACGCAGGUGCAGCACGUCUUCUUCGACGGCCGCAUCGGGGCGGCCGACAGCGGGAGCGUGGACGUGAGGGACGUGGUGAGCGGCGAGCCCGUGCCUUUUGCGCAGGCGAAGGAUGUCUUCCUGCACCGCGUGGACCUCUUCCAGGCCGCCACGGACCCCGAGUACUUCGUGAGGGCGGUGGAGGCGUGCGAGCUGAACAUGUCCAGCGGCAUCGUCGGGUCCAGGAAGGUGGAGGGCGGGGAGGAGCACCUGGCGCCGGAGGCAGCGAAGGCCCUGCCUCCCGUGGAGUGGCUCCACCACAACAUCAUCCUUAGAUGCUCGUUUUCGGGGGCACUGCUGGGCCCACCCAGCGGAUCUGCUUGGACUUCCCCUCGACUCAUGUUCGACCCAAGUUCGUUUUGA